AUGCAGUGUGGACCAGUGGCAGGAAUUGAACCCGGAGACUGGCAUAGUAGACGGACAUUCUGCCACUCCCGACACUGCCAGAAUUCGAUACCGGGACAUCAGCGCUGUAGACACCAAUGCGGAAUCACCAAUGAGGAAUUUUCUGUUAGAAGUUAUAUUGGUCAGUAUGACUGGUCAUUACGGUUAUUGAUGAAACGGUACGGGUACGGAAAUGCUGGUUUGGCCGAAUGGCGUGAGAUAAUUGAGGAAGCGGCAAGCGAACCGCUGGCUGGUGAAUUCUUCGAGAAAUAUUUUACGCAGCCAGGCCUGCCACUUAUACCACCAACAGUUAUUCCGUUAGACGUAGGAAUUGAUGGUCAACCAAGUCGAACAACACUAAUCUUGAUCAACCAAACUCAGACAUUUCCAGUGGUUCACAACGGUCGUCUGGUUGUGUUGGAUCCGGAUGUACGUACCCAUACAGUGAUUGUCUAUGAGGUUAGCUCAGUUUACGUUGUUUUUUUUUUUAAAUUGCAUUAA